AUGGGUGAAUUAGAAAAGGAAGUGAUCAUUGUUGGUGGAGGACCAGCAGGGCUUGCCACAGCUGCAUGUCUCAAGAAACAAUAUAUAUCAAGCAUGAUAAUAUUGGAAAGAGAAGCAUGCACUUGCUCAACAUGGAAGUUGAAGACAUAUGAUAGAGUUAACCUUCAUUUAGGUAAGGAUUUUUGCACCCUCCCUCACUUCCCUCACAAGAAGGGCACCCCAGUUUUCAUCUCCAAAUCUUGCUUUAUCGAUUACCUUGAUGAGUACGUCGAGUUUUUCAAUUUAAAGACUAUGUUUAACAUGAAUGUGAUCUCUGCUACUUUUGAUGCUGAUGAUGGAAAGUGGCACUUAGUAUCUAAAAAUACCUUUACCGAAGAAAUUUACAUGUAUAAAAGCAAGUUUGUAGUUGUAGCCACUGGUGAAAAUGCUAUGAAGAUGAUACCGGAAAUUUUUGGAUUAAGUACAUUUCCUGGUGAGUUCAUCCACUCUUCUGAGUACAAGUCCCCGAUGAAGUUUGCCGGAAAGGAUGUGCUUGUUGUCGGGAAUGGUAAUUCUGGUAUGGAAAUUGCUUAUGAUCUUGCAAAUUCCGGUGUCAAGACCUCCAUCCUUAUUCGUUCCCCGUUUCAUGUAAUGACCAGGGAAAUGGUACAUGCUGGGAUGCUUCUUUUGAAGUUCUUGCCAAUAGAGUUUGUCGAUAAGGUGAUGAUCGGUCUUUCGAAAGAUUACUUUGGAGAGUUAUCGAAGUAUGGUAUCAUCAUGCCGGAGAAGGGCCCUUUCAUCAUCAAAGCAACCACGGGCCGGUCUGCGGUAAUCGAUGUUGGGACAAUAGGCAGUAUCAAAGAUGGACUUAUUAAGGAUGGUGAACUCUUGAAUGAAGAGGGAUUUCCUAAACAAAGUUUUCCAAACCAUUGGAAGGGAAAGAAUGGAGUUUAUUGUGCUGGUCUUUCAAAGAGAGGACUUGCUGGGAUAGCUGCUGAUGCUCAGAACAUUGCAAAGGAUAUCAGCACCAUAUUGUUGUCAAACUAA